AGCACUAAUUGCCGAGAACAAUAAAUUAAAUGUAAGCAAAGGAAAUAUGAAAUCUGAAAUUUUAGCAAUAGCUUGCGUAGCUCUGUCGCUUCGAUCCAUAGUUUCUUUGUACUCAUACUCAGGCUUUGACUCAUCUCCUAUGUACGGUGACUAUGAAGCUCAACGCCACUGGCAAGAAGUGACAAUUAACUUGGAGCCUGGUCAAUGGUACACGAAUAGCUCCAAUAAUGAUUUGCUGUACUGGGGGCUAGACUACCCUCCACUUACCGCCCAUCAUAGCUAUUUGGUAGGUCGAAUAGCUAAAUCCAUCGAUCCUCGCUUUAUCGAGUUGCAAAAAAGUAGAGGUUUUCAAUCUAGACCGCAUAAAAGCUUCAUGCGACUAACUGUCUUGACAGGGGACAUUUUAAUCUAUUUACCCGCUAUCCUUGGAGUAUGUAUUUGUAUAGAUAAAUGCUUUCAAAGCAAAAGUAAACUCAUUUCGUUCAUUUUGUUCGCCGCCUAUCCUGGCCAAGUGCUUAUUGACAAUGGACAUUUUCAAUACAAUAACGUGUCGUUGGGCUUAGCAGCUGCGGCUAUUGCUGCAGUUCUGCAUGGCAAACAAUAUAUUGCUGCAUUUGCCUUCACAUUAUCAUUAAACUACAAACAAAUGGAGCUUUACCACAGCCUUCCAUUUUUUACAUAUAUUUUAGGCGAAUGCAUGGCACAAAACAGCUUCAAAUUAUUUGCAAUUAAAUUAGGAGUAACUGCAACCAUUGUACUAGCAACAUUUUUUCUACUUUGGUACCCUUGGUCUGGAUCGCUUCAAGCGGUGGCGGAAGUGAUACAUCGCCUUUUUCCUCUCGGACGCACAGUAUUUGAAGACAAAGUUUCUAAUUUUUGGUGUACAUUAAAUAUAAUAUGGAAACUUAAACAACAUGUGUUAAAUCAUCACAUGGCACUAGUUUGUCUGGGUUUCACCCUAAUAAGUGCUCUGCCUACUAAUAUCACACUUUAUAGGAAGCGAUGUAAAAUGGGUUUUUUAUUAUCACUUUUCAAUACUUCUAUUGCUUUUUUUUUAUUUUCAUUUCAAGUUCACGAGAAGACUAUUCUGCUGGCUGUACUACCAGCAUUGUGCUUGCUUCCAUGGUGGCCGAACGAAAUUAUUCUCUUUCUCGAAGUUUCAGUGUUCACCAUGUUACCACUUUUAGAAAGAGAUGAUUUGCUAGUACCGUCACUGGCAUGUGUUUUAAUAUAUCACUUGAUUUGCAAAUGUUUUUAUUCCGAAACUAAACCAAGUUCUGCACAAAAAGCAUAUUUAUACAUAUCUAACAUCUUAAUGAUUGUCAUUGUGGGUGCUUCAGUAAUGAUCAAAGCCCCUCCACGGUAUCCAGAUCUUUGGCCACUAAUAACAUCUGUUAUAGGUUGUGCAUACUUAGUUUUAUUUUUACUAUGGGGAAAUUUUAAACAUUUUACUUGCAAACGAGGCCUUUUAACAUAAAAAAUAUGUAAACUCAAUAUUAUUAAAUCAAAAAUUGUACGUCAACUUA